GUCGGCACUACCAGCAAGUAAGCAAAACACAGCUUCCGCAACUGCCAGCAUGGCUCCCCAAUCGUCUACAGCCCUAACCAUGGCUGCUGGGCGUUCGAUCACCCCCGAAGACGGUACGUCCAAGCACAUGCAUAUCUGCAACGCACAUCAUGGCGAGAAAUUUCCCGUUGCUGGUGUUGUCCCCUUUGAGCCUUUCUUCUCGUCCUGCGUAUGUGAGGGAGGAUUGUGUGCAGUUUGCUAACAUUGGUGGUGGUAUGGAAUAGCCCAUGACACGGGGUUUGUCGAACCGCUAAACCCGAACCGCAAUACGCUUCACCCGC